GACAAUAUGGAUUACUGGUGCUUCUUCUGGAAUAGGAGAAGAACUAACAAAAGCUCUAUCGUUUCUGAAUGCAAAUUUAAUAAUAACUUCAAGAAAUAAAAAUGAAGUAAAUAAAUUAUUUUUAAAUUAAAAAAAUAAAUAAAAAAGCUUGAAAGAGUAAAAAGUUAAUGUAAAAAUCCUGAAAAAGUAAUAGUUUAUCCUCUAGAUAUGAGUAAGACAACUGAAAUAUUGGAGAAAUCAUAAAGAUUUAUAGAAGACUUAGAAAAAAAGAAUUAAAAAUUAGACAUAAUAAUUGAAAAUGCAGGUCUUUCAAUGCGUUGCGCUUUCGAAGAAUAUCCGUUUGAAAAUCAUGAAUAUAUGACUAAAGUUAACUAUGAAGGGCCUGUAAUCCAUACUAAAGUUGUUUUACCUCAUUUUUUAAAAAAUAAAAGGGGAUAAAUAGUAUUAAUUAAUAGUGUUUCAGGUUUAUUAGCCCCAGGAUUGAGAUCUAGCUAUGCAGGUUCUAAGCAUGCUUUAAAAGGAUUUUUCGAUAGCUUAAGGGUUGAGUUAAAUGAAUAAAAUAUUUAAAUUACUUAAAUUUAUCCAGGAUAUGUUUAAACCAACAUUUCUAAAAAUGCUUUAAUGGACAAACCAGGUUAAAGCUUGGGAAAAACUGAUGGUAAUAUUGCUUAAGGAUAGGAUGUUAAAAUAUUUUGUUAAGAAGUUGUAAAAUGUAUUUAUUGGAAAAUACAAGAUAAAGUUAUUACAUAAAAAUUUAUUCAUAAAUUGGGUGCUAAAUUAAGAUAUAUAAUACCUGAUUAUAUACACUAAUCUAUCUAUAAAAAUAUAAAACAAUAGAUAUAAGCAUUUAAUCAAUCUAAAUGAUUUAUUUUA